UGAGGAAGCAGCGACGCAGCAAAAGGCAUAUAAUGGGCGAAGUAUUGGAAGAGAGAAGGCCAUCCUGAAGCAUCAAUUUCAUCGCGACGACAACCUCCAAUCGCAUCCGCCAUGCUUUGCGCACUUCGAACCAUCCGAACCCCAACCAGACGGUUUGCGACCCAACUGCGCACUGUGGCAACACAGGCGCAGAGGCGCGCAGGCGACAUUUCCGAUGCGUUCGCAUCGCUUUCCGGUCAGGAGUUCAAACCUUUGACGCCUGAAUAUGCAGAUCUUAAAGGUCGUCUGAUCAAAGGUCGCGAAAGCGAAGUACGAGAGUCUUGGGAGCGCUUACUCCGGGAAUUGCGGGAGGAGAUUCCGCUCAUUGUUGAGCUUGGCUCCAAGGUGAUUCCUGAGAUCGACUUCAAAGACAUCGACAAUGCGCCGGAGACGUUCAGCAGCGAGCUGAGGAAGCGGGGUGUAGCCGUCAUCAGAGGGGUGGUAUCCGAAGAAGAUGCGCUGCAAUGGAAAGAGGACCUGCGCGAAUACAUUCGCCAAAACCCUCAAACCAAAGCAUUCCCCGCCGACAACCCUCAAGUCUUCGAGCUGUACUGGUCGCGCGUACAGUUGCUCGCUCGCGGGCAUCCGAACAUGCUCAAAACCCAAAAGUUUCUGAUGUCUUAUUGGCACAGCAUCAACCCGCACAUCCCAAUCUCGACUCAGCAUCCCAUCAGCUACGCCGAUCGUUUGCGAAUGCGCCUCCCUGGCGAUGCAAAGUUUGCCUUGGGCCCACACGUGGACGGCGGGAGUGUUGAGCGAUGGGAUGAGAAGGGCUACGGCUUGGGCAAAGUCUACGACUCUGUCUGGAAAGGACGCUGGGAAGACUUCGACCCUUGGGAGGCGAGCUGUCGUCUGCCAGUGAAGCCCGACCUUCACCAGGGUGUAGGAGCUUGUACCGCGUUUCGCAUGUUCCAGGGAUGGUUGUCCCUGAGCACCUGCGGCGCAUUUGAGGGCACUUUGCUCGUCAACCCACUGUUAGCAAAGGCGACGGCAUACUACCUUCUUCGCCCAUUCUUCUCACCGAAGCGCAGUGUUGAGCCUGGCGCUCAGACAACUUCCGAGGCAGUCACAAAAUCAACCGACUUCCUCGCCUCGGACAACUGGGAGAUGGACGCUUCGCCUACACCCUGGGUGCACGGCGCAACUCCAGGUCGCGGCCAGGAGCUGUCGCAUCUGCUCCAUCCUCACCUCGAACUGCAGAAGUCGAUGAUUCACAUGCCCACAGUCACGCCCGGCGACUACGUUGCAUGGCAUUGCGACACAAUACACGCUGUCGACAAGGUGCACGCCGGCAAGGCAGAUUCGAGCGUGCUGUACAUUCCCGCUUGCCCAAUGACUGAGGACAAUGCGAACUACCUCGCGGGCCAGCGCGAGAACUUUGUGAAGGGAACACCAAGCCCAGACUUUGGCGGCGGUGUUGGCGAGAGCGAGCACGCCGGGCGCGUCAAGCCUGAGGAUAUGCUCGAGUUGGUGGGUGAGGAGGGAUGCCGCGCAAUGGGUCUGGAGGCGUGGGACAGCGACGCUGCUGGAAUGAUCCCUGGACAGAGAGUGAUCCUGGACAGGGCCAACAAGAUCCUGGGUUUUUACGAGUAGAUUGGAAUCAAAAUGUAAGUAAUAUAAACUUUGCGACCAGCAUUGAAUUCAAAAAAUUAUAACAUGUUCAA